AUGCGUCUCUUACAGGUGACGUUCUUGGCUCUACAAGCCACCGCUCUGGUCGAGGCUGGUUUCAUAAAAUGGACGCUUCACUCAUCUUGCUACCAGGACGCAGCAGGCGCCGAUGACCCAGCGACGGCCGACGCCAUCAUCAACGCCGUCGAAACUGCCAAAAAGUGGGCGAGCAACGGCGAGACUGCGCUUCGGAACUCCAACAUCCCGCUCAUUGGCAAGAAUCUCAAGAAAGUCUUGGAAAAUCUUCUUGGCACAGGGGAAGACUACAAGACCAAGUUGGAAAUCGCAAGGGAAAAGUUCAAGCUUUUCAAAGAGCUCGAAGGGCCUAUUGGCAAGGACGGCCCACCGAAUGCGAGGUACGAACAUUCGCAGGCAUGGCAGGACUUGGCGGGCACAGAUGAACACCACAAGCACUUUGUCAUCUCUUGUCGGCCAGACCUGACUGUCGUCGACCCAGACGACGAGGAUGCCGGCUGGACAGACAACAUUAGAGGCGUUGUAGAGCAGGGCAAGUCCGACCUGCCCACCAUGCUCAACCAGGAGGCCAGUACGUGGACCGACAUCAUGAAGCAACCAGGCGUGCCGCUGGCCGUCACCAGGCGCAUUGAAAAUCCCAGUCAAGACCAGCUGAGGGUUGUCGCCUCCGUGACGUUCCAUCCGUCCUUUCUCAACCAUCUGCGGCAGAACAACUGGGGCGCCUGGAAUGAUGCGCUCUUUGCCGAAAACACCAGGAGCGAUGCGUUGCAAGAGUAUCGUAUCAAGGGGAGGGCCCGUCCCGUUGAUGGGCUGCUGACGUUUUCCAUUGUGAAGACAAUGUUCCACGAGAUGUUCCAUCUGGGACCUUGGGGCGCCAUGACGGAUGCCUCCUUUAGCGGCAGGGCCUAUGGAUGGCUCAACAACAUUGAAGACAAAUUCACGGAUAACCCCGACUGGUUCGCCAUGCUGGCUGCGCUCAUUGAGCUUUAUGAGAAUGGAUUUGCGGGCAAGAAGUACAUCGUCACAGAACUCGGCGAGGUGAAGCGUAAAUGA